CCUUCCUCCCAACACACACACACACACACACGCGCACAGCCCUUUAUAACCGUUCCCUUCCCUUCUUCCAUCUCACCCAACGCAGCCCAUUCCAUACUUCUUCCUCUUCCUUUUUGGUUCCCACACACUCUCUCUCUCUCGAGGGAGUUCUUCCCGUCCUAGGCAUUACACCCUGAAGGCUUCCUCCCUCUCUCUCUCGCUGCAGGGAGAGGUAUCCAGAAUAGCCCCAGUACAGGGAGAGAGCCCCGACCAUCAGAUGGCUGCCGCCACCGAUUCCUCGUCGAAUUUUCAGGCGAGGGCGACGGGGUUAACCAGCCCCGCGCCGUCGCGCAGCCCUUGGUCUCAGAUCGUCAGAGGGGAUCCAGAAUCCGCCUCCGCUAAUCCCUCUUCGCCGCCUCCGGCGCAGGAUCCCAAUGGGUCGCCGGUUUCCGAUCGGUCGCCGCCGAAGCCGGCGUCUGAGACGUGCGGCCCCGCCAUCGUCGUUGGCUCACCUCGUAAGGUGUCGGACGAUGCGAACGAAGGGUCACCGUCCGUGAAGAAGCACGCCUGGAACAAGCCCUCUAAUGGGCCGGACUCGCCGGUGGAGGUCGGUCCGAUCAUGGGAGCAGCUUCGUGGCCGGCGCUGUCGGAAUCUACGAAGGCUUUGGGGAAAUCGGCCGACUCGCCGAAGCCCCUUGUCGAUGGAUCAUCGGUUUCUCAGGCUCCGGUAAUGCCACAAUCUCCACAAAAAACGGAUCAAAACACCAAUGCUAACGCAAAUUCCACCCAGAAUCAUGCAUUUCCGAAUCGGCAGAAAUCUUUUAAUAGGCGUGGCAAUAAUGCCAAUGGUGGUGCUACAUUGUCCGGAGCAGAAGCAUCGCAAAGUGCAUCCGAUACUAAGGAACAAGCUUCCAAAGAAUCCACGCAGAAAAACAAUCCGGAUUCGGGACCAAAGGGGUCUGGUUCUCAGAGUAAUAGCGGAAACGAGCAUCCUAGGAAUUCGUUUAGGAGGGGGAAUGGAAAUCACCAACGAGCUGACAAUCACCGCAGUAACAAUUACGGGAAUAGGGGUAAUGCUCGCGAUCAGGAAAGAAGUAACUAUGAUUGGGGUCCAAAUCGAGGUUAUGGUGGACGGGAUGUUCAUCAGCAGCAGAGGGUUGGCCCGCGAAAUUUUAUCCGGCCGCCUCCUCCCGCUCCAUUUGUGAACCUGCAUCGUGGUUAUGCAAGCCCGAUCGGCUACCCUGACAUGGGUGCACAGGUAUAUUAUGUUCCAGCCUCACCCACUGAGCCUAUUCCGCCUAUGUCGUUCAUACCACAUGCUCCACCACCUGCUGUCUUCUUUCCAGCACCGGAUCCUCAAUUAUGUGCCUUGUUAGUUAAGCAGAUAGAGUAUUACUUUAGUGGUGACAAUUUGUGCAAAGAUAUUUAUUUGCGGGACAAAAUGGAUGAGCAAGGAUGGGUUCCUAUCUCAGUGAUUGCAGCUUUUAACCGAGUAAAGCAGUUAACGAACAGCAUUCCUUUCAUUCUCGAUUCUAUGAGAGGCUCUUCUGUCGUGGAAAUUCAGGGUGACAAAAUAAGAAGGAGGAAUGAUUGGAGCAAUUGGCUUUUGCCUCCUAAUUCUCCAUCAGCUUCCAAUGUAGAGCUAUCUGGUACGGUGAAUGUUGACAAUUUGGCAGCCCGUAUUAGAGGAGUGGGAGUAGAGGGAUCUGUACUACAGACUGGAUCAAGACUUCCUCCAGGAGAUGCUCAUCCUGAGGUGCUGAGCAGGUCAUCGUCUGAGGAGUUCACUAGCCAUUGAUUUUCCUCUAGCAGGGAGAUGGUAGGAGAGUGCACUCCAGCUAAUGAUAAUGGUACUUUCAAUGAAUGGGGCCGGGAAUUGCAAUAUGUCAAUCAUCUUGUUGAUUCCACUGCGACGCAGUGAAGUGGAGGGGAAGGAAAAAUUCAUGCUGCUGGAGCGUCAAUGGAAAAUUUUGGGAUUGUGUAAAAAAGGAAAGAGGUUUUACAUAGCUUACCUGGAUUGAGAGUAGACAGCGGCGACCCCUACAUGAAGGGGAAAGAGGGGAAAAAAAAAGAAAAAAAAGGAAAAAAAAAAGAAAAAACAAAAAAAGGAAAAAAGCAGAUAAAGAUGAAUUAUGGUUGUGAUGAGUAAAUGAUGACAAGUUUGUUGGGCUGUAUAGUUUGAUUUGGCAUGGUGGAAGCUAGGGCUGUUAUGGUUCAUAUUGAAGCGAUCUCCCUACACAACUAUGCUCCUGAUUUUUUUGCUUGCUUCGUGAAAAAUUUUGGUUCGAUUGUUUGGAAAGUGAGCAUUUUGUCCAACAAAAUGGAAUGUCUCAUUUUGUCCAACAAAAUGGAAUGUCUCCUGAGAGCAUGCGGCAUAUGAAGAUUCUUUUAAAGGCAAGACAUCUAUCUUCUCUCGCUAUGAGAUCCCUGGACUUUUUACCCCCUUUGCUCUCUUUGAAUGAAUUUAAAAAAUAUAUAAAUACAUAAACACAUACUUCUCUCGAAGCUUCGUGUCAUUAUUAAUUUUUUUUUCCAUAAAACAACUUUGAUUAAAAGUAGACUGUAAAUUGGUUUGAUUGAUGAACUCGAAUCUUGAUCCUAUAAUAAUUGAAGCCAAUGUUGUGGCUUGACUUUUGUUUA